CCUAGCAGCCCAGAGAUGACUGCCUGCCAGACUCAGUCUAGUGCAGGACUGCUCUGGACGCUGCUCUGGAGUCCCAGUCUGCAGGUGGCCCCAAGAGCGGCUGUCCUUCCCUCACAGAUCUGGGACACGGCGGGUCAGGAAAGGUUCCAGUCCCUUGGCGUGGCCUUCUACCACGGAGCAGACUGCUGUGUGCUGGUGUUCGACGUGACGGCCCCCAACACAUUCAAGACCUUGGACAGCUGGAGGGAUGAAUUCCUCAUCCAGGCCAGCCCCCGGGACCCUGAGAACUUCCCCUUUGUCGUGCUGGGGAACAAGAUCGACCUUGAAAAUAGACAAGUGGCCACAAAGAGGGCACAGGCCUGGUGCUACAGCAAAAACAACAUUCCCUACUUCGAGACCAGUGCCAAGGAAGCCAUCAACGUGGAGCAGGCAUUCCAGACGAUUGCCCGGAAUGCGCUUAAGCAGG